AUGACAGAUUUCUCUGAAGAAAAAGACAAAAUGAAAAACAUCACAGAAAAGGUAACCAACUACACAAUAAUGUUGUCUUAUCUUUAUGAGAUUGCAAAAAAGAUCGAUAUGUACAUCAAAAAGCCCGCUCAACCACUGCUUAAUGAAAUCGAGUUUUUGCUCUGCAAAUAUAUCAUUCCUUUGACACCACAUGUCGAUUUCAAAAAGUUUUUCAUUCUUCCUUUCUAUCCAAAUGUUAUCAAGAAAAAUAGUAAAAAAAUGCCAAAGAAAAGUGAUUUCAUUAAAUAUUGGGUUCAUGAUACAUUUAUGAAAGAAAUGAAAUCAUUAGGAAAAUCUCUUCAUAUCAAAGUAUUGGAUCCGAAAAAUGAAGUGUUAACCAUGGAUUACAAUGAAUUUAGAGAUAAGGAGAAUGAUUAUGAUGGAGAUUUUCUUUCUGAUGACAUCAAUGUUGAAUAUUUAAACAUUGACUUAAAAUUCCAAUCUCCGCAAUUGGUUAAACCAAAACCUGUUGAAAAGAAAGUCAAAGCAAAAGAUGAUUCUGAUGAUGAUUCCGAGGAUGCAUCAACUGAUGAUGAUUUUACUCCAGCAGAUGAAAGUCUCGUCGAUACAGGUUUGUUGGGAUUGAAAGACUUAUCAGAUGAAGAAAUUUUAUCAAUGCAUGAUGAUCUCAUUGAUACAUAUCUCAAUGAAGCAUUGAAGAAAUCAAGAGAAGAACCAAAAGAAAGGUUCAAGUUGAUGUUGAAAUUUAUCCAACAGGCAUUGACAAUCAUUACAAAUCAGAAAGAUACAUGCAUUUUGCAGAAAGAAACAAUAGCGAAGAUGCUUGAUGAAGAAAAGAAUAAAGCUUUUGGAGAGUACUACAAAAAGUUCAAAGUUAUUGGACUUACAGCAAGCUACGCAACAAUGCACAGAAUGGCAAUUGAACAAUGUGGCUGCGAGUUCAUGAUCAUUGAAGAAGCAGGUGAAUUGACAGAAGCAAUCACAGCAUCUUUCCUUGGCAAAUCAAUCAAACAUUUGAUGAUGAUUGGCGACUUCAAACAAUUGAGACCAAAAGUUGAUUACUUGGUCCGACAAGAAAAGAAUCCAAUGUUAUCAUACGACAUUUCACCAUUUGAAAGACUUGUAUUGGCAGAACAAGCCAAACAAGGAAAAGAUCUCUUCCUUUUGACUGUUCAACGUCGUAUGCAUCCAGAGAUUUCCAAGUUAAUUAGGGAACAUUUCUGCCCAGAUAUUCAAGAUGGCCCGAAUGUUUCUAAUCUUCCUAUUUGUUCUGGACUUACUAACAGAGUCAACUUCGUUUUAUCAAACAAUUUCACAGAAGAUUCAAUUGCAACUUCAAGAUCUAAAUACAACUCAAACGAAGCAGAUUAUGCUGUUGCAUUAGUUUUCUUUUUCUUGUUCAGAGGAUUUUCUCCUAAACAAAUCUCAGUCAUUACAUUGUACAAAGGACAAGCAAAGAACAUCAGGAACAAACUUAAGGAAUAUUGGAUGACCAAAAAUAAAGAAAGAGAAUUUGAUGAUUACAAUCCUUUGCUGCUUAGUGAACAAAAAAUUGAAAACGUUUAUGUACAAUGCAUUGAUAACUAUCAAGGCGAAGAAAAUGAUGUAAUCAUUGUUGCAACAACAAGAUCUGAGAAAAUUGGAUUUGUUAAGACCGAAAACCGAGCUUUAGUUACUCUUUCAAGAGCUAAAUGCCAUUUAGUUGUUCUUGGAAAUGAAACACUCUUAGCAAAAGAAGAAUCAGGAAUUUGGAACAAAAUCAUUGCAUCAUUAGAUACAUUAUACAUCAAUGCAAAGAAGCCUGGUAUUUACAUUGAAUGCCCUCAUGAAAAAGUUGUCUUAGAUACUCCAAAUUUGCUUUGGGAGAAAAGGUUUGGCAACUGCCAUCGCAUUAUCAAAAUUCCUCUUGAAUGCGGUCACACAGCAAUUCAAUAUUGUUCAACAAAGCUUCUUCCAUGCCAGAAAAAGUGUCUCAAAGUUUGCCCUGGAUGCAAGAGACAAUGUGGCGUGGUUUGCUUCAAAUGCCAACAAAAUGGAUGUCCGAAAUGUAAAAAGUCGGUUGAUUAUGAAUGCACAUUGCAUCACAAAACAACAGUCGAAUGUUAUCAAAGACAGCAUGUUAAGGCUGAAAUCGAAAAAGUUUUACACAAUGCAGGACUCAUUCAGGUUCUAGAUGUUGAAAUUACUCCAGAAGUAAUUCAAAAAUUUGUAGACCAAUUAGAUCCAAUUAAUCAACUCAGGAUCGAAAACUUGAAAAGAUCUAUCUGUUGGCAUCAAUGUGAUGAAACUUUACCAUGCGGCCACAAAUGUACGGCAAAUUGCAAUCACAUUUACAAUCAUGAGCCUCAUGUCUGCACUGCAUUAGUUGACUACACGUGCGAAACAUGCAAUAGAUCUCAGAAAAUAAAGUGCGGGGAUAAAUUUAAAUGCAGAUUAGAUUGCUUAGAUAUUCUUUAUUGCGGUCACAAAUGCCAAGGAACAUGCGGUGAUCCAUGCAUCUGCAGACGAAGAUGCGAUUAUAUCUAUCCAUGUGGACAUAAAUGCACAAGAUUCUGCAGUGAUAAAUAUGAUCAUCAACAUUUGUCUUGCUCUGUAUGUGAAUUAAUAUAUUCUCAUUUGGAGUCUUAUGACUCUAAUUUCAAGUGCGAAACAUGUGGUAGAAUUUGUAAUGAUUUCUUCGAGACAAAAUCAUGUGAACACAGAUGCGAUAAAGAAUGCGAUAUUUGUAAAUCAAAAUGUUGCUCAUGUUUCGGUGAAAAAUGUGUUUUCUGUUGCGACCAUGACUGCAAAGCAAAAUUCCCAGAAAACGAAACACUUUUCCGUCCAAACAAUUGCAAUUGCGUCAUGACCCUCAAAGAAGCAAAAGAAGCAAUACAAGCACAGUUCAAAUCAAUGACUGAUCCUGACUUAGAAAAUCCGGAACAAUUGACAUAUUUGCAUUGUCCAAAUUGCGAUAAACCAAUUACAAAUUCAUGGAUUUUCACCAAAGAGAUUAGAAUUGUCAAUAAAUUGAUCAAACAAAGAGAUGAAGAAGCUAAAAAACUUUUAGAAUUUUCUGAAUCUUCAAGCAAUGAAGACUACUGUCGCCAUCUCUUCAAAGUUGUUGCCUGCAGCUGUGGCAAAGUCAACUUCUUUGAUUGCAGUCCAACUGAUGCAAAUCCAAAAGGAGAGAUUUUCACUUAUAAGUGCUCUUGUGGAAAAACAUACACUUUCACAAAAGAUGACAAAAAGAAGAAAUUGGUAAUUGAAAAGAAAUCCAACAAUAAAAAAGGCAAGAAACAGCUUGAAAAAGAGAAUCAGCCAAAAGGAAAUGAUUCAAAUGAUAGCAAUUCUUCUGCUGAUCAGAAUCCAACUCCUCAAAAGAAUGAAGAUCAGAAUGGAAGCAAAGCAUCCAACAAAUCGCAAAACUCAAACAAGACUGGUCAAGGAGAAGAUCAAGAUCAAAAGCCAAAUUCUAAUCAGGAUAAAAAUGGUAAAGGAUCAAAGCGCAAACAGCAAGAGAAUUUGUAUGCACCAUAUGUUCCUAAACAAAGUAAUGAUGAAGAAAAUUCUCAAAAGAACCAAAUUGAUGAUUCAUUACCAAAGGAAUCUACUUCAUCUGAACAAGAAAAAGAUGAAGGAUCAUCUCCACAGAAAAAUGAACAAAACAAAAAUGGAAAAGGACAAAAGCGCAAACAGCAAGAAAAUUUGUAUGCACCAUAUGUUCCUAAACAAAGUAAUGAUAAUGGAGAUGUGCGCAAGGAUCAAAUUGAUGAACAACCACCAAAGGAGUCUUCAUCUUCAGCCACACAGAAGCAAGAACAAAACAAAAACGGCACAGGAUCAAAGAAGAAGCAAAAAGAUAAUUGGUUCAAAGAAUACAUUCCUUCUGAAAACAAAAAUGAAGAUAGUGAUGGAUCUAAUGAUAUAUCUUCUUCCAGCCAGGCUAAGGAUCAAGAACAGAUAUCAAAGGGAAAUCCACAACAGAAUCAAAACAAAUCUCCUAAAAAUCCAAAGAAAAACAAAAACUUCAAAGCUCAAGAACAGAAGCAGAUUCCUCCCAAGAAAGAAGAUGCUGAUUCACAUGAUCAAAAAUCUCAAACAGGUAAAACAAAAAAUAAAAACAAGGAGGAUCUUUACAAACCUUAUGUUCCAAAAGAAACAAGUCAAAAUGAUGUUGUUCAUGAACAGAAUCAAAAUGAUAUGAAAAGCCCAAAGACCCAACAGAACAAACAGAAUAAGAAGAAGUUUGGGAAAAAGGAUGGCAAACAAUAA